CCCACCAGUCGGCGGGCGGGCGGCGCGGCGGGGCGGCGGUGGCGUUGCUGGCGGUGCUGUGCGCCCUCUGCUAUGGCAACUCCCUGUGGGGCGAGUUCGUGCACGACGACGUCUGGGCCAUCGUAAACAACCCCGACGUGCGGGCGGCCACCCCAGUGGCCGCCGCCUUCGCUAACGACUUCUGGGGCAAGCGGAUGGCCGAGAACACCAGCCACAAGUCCUACCGGCCCCUCUGCGUCCUCACCUUCAAGUUAAACAUAUUGCUGGCUGGUAUGAACCCCUUCUACUUCCAUGCAGUGAAUGUGACUUUGCACUGGCUGGUGACUCUUGUGCUGAUGUACACUUGUGACAGAGCUGUCUUCAAGGACUGUCGCCUCGCUUUUGUCACGGCCCUCUUCUUUGCUGUGCAUCCCAUUCACACUGAGGCUGUAACAGGUAUAGUAGGCAGAGCAGAUGUCCUUGCCUGUCUACUCUUUCUGUUGGCUUUUCUCUCCUAUAAUAGGAGUGUGGAUCAGCUUUAUGUUGGGGAACAUUUCCCUCCCACUGCCUCCCCAUUCUUCUUGCUGCUGAGUUUAUUCCUUGGGACAUGUGCAAUGCUGGUCAAAGAGACUGGAGUCACCGUGUUCGGUGUUUGCUUGCUUUAUGACUUCUUUUCCCUCUCCUGCAGUGGAAUCAAACUGAGAAAUGGAGGCACCCACCAGACAGCUGCCUGGCAGCCUGUGGCUCCCUCCUCUGGCUCGCUGCAGGUCUCUCUGGCUGGCCGGGAGAACGGGAAGCAUCGCUUUGCCCACCGGGGCGCCUGGAGCUCCUGCCACCCUCCACCACCCGAGGAGCAGCAGACUGCUGGCCUUUCUGUGCCUGGCAAAGCCAUGUGGGCCAUUUGGAGCUGCCUGAGCACAAAUAACAACCAGAAUUUCUUAUAUAUUGCAAGGCCUUUUUUGAAGAGAGCUGCUUUGGUGAUCAGCUACGUGACUCUUGUGCUGUAUUUCCGCCUCUGGAUAAUGGGAGGAUCCAUGCCGAUGUUUUCAGAGCAGGACAACCCAGCCUCGUUCUCACCCUACUUCCUGACGAGGUUUCUAACUUACUCCUACCUUCUGGCCUUCAACGCCUGGCUUCUGCUGGCACCGAUCACUCUCUGCUAUGACUGGCAGGUUGGCAGCAUCCCUUUGAUCGAGUCCAUCUGGGAUGUGAGGAACUUAGCCACAGUGUCCCUCGUGCUGGUGAUGGCUUUACUCAGCCUGCACUGCCUAGCUGCAUUCAAGAAACUGGAACACAAAGAAGUUUUGGUUGGCUUGUUGUUCCUGGUUUUCCCAUUCAUCCCAGCCAGCAACCUCUUCUUCAGGGUGGGAUUUGUGGUGGCAGAGCGAGUCCUUUACAUGCCGAGUAUGGGAUACUGCAUUCUUUUUGUCCACGGUCUCAGAAAGCUGUCUACGUGGUUAAAUAAGUGGAGGAUUCCUGUUCUCACCCUCUUUGCUUUGCUGCUGCUGCUCUUUUCAUGGAAGACUGUGAAGCAGAAUGAAAUCUGGCUGUCACGAGAGUCCCUGUUCAGCUCAGGAGUGAAGACUCUGCCCCACAACGCCAAGGUGCACUACAACUACGCCAACUUUCUGAAGGACCAGGGCCGUAAUGCUGAGGCAAUCUACCACUACAAAACUGCUCUCAAGCUGUACCCUCGUCAUGCAAGUGCUCUCAACAACCUGGGGACACUGACCAAAGAAGUGGUGGAGGCACAGGACUACUACAGACGAGCCCUCCAGUUAAACCCUCAGCACAACCGUGCUCUCUUCAACCUCGGCAACCUGCUCAAGUCCCAAGGGAAGAAGGAGGAGGCUGUAACCUUGCUGCGGGACUCCAUUAAGUAUGGCCCAGAGUUCGCAGAUGCUUACUCAAGCCUGGCCUCGCUGCUGGCCGAACAGGAACAGCUGAAGGAAGCAGAGGAGGUCUACAAGGCUGGCAUAGAGAACUGUCCAGAGAGCUCCGAUCUGCACAACAACUAUGGGGUUUUCUUGGUUGAUACAGGGGCUCCUGAGCAAGCCAUGUCUCACUACAAGCAGGCCAUCCGCCUGAGCCCCGCUCACCACGUGGCCAUGGUGAACUUGGGCAGGCUUCACCGCUCCCUGGGGCAGAACAAGGAGGCUGAAGCAUGGUAUAAGAGGGCACUGAAGGUCUCCCGGAAGGCCGAGAUCCUGUCGCCGCUGGGGGCUCUGUAUUACAACACUGCGCGCUAUGAGGAAGCCCUGCAGGUUUACAGAGAGGCAGCAGCCCUGCAGCCUUCCAACAGGGAGAUCCGACUGGCUCUGGCGCAGGUGUUAGCAGUGAUGGGGCGGACCAAGGAGGCUGAGAAGCUGACCAGCCAUAUACUCAGCGAGGAUCUGGAGUGUCUGGAGUGCUACCGCCUCCUGUCAGCCAUCUACAGCAAGGAGGAGCACUAUGCCAAGGCACUUGAAGCUAUAGAGAAAGCUCUUCAGCUGAAACCAAAGGAUCCCAAAGUCAUAUCAGAGCUCUUUUUCACUAAAGGAAACCAGCUAAGAGAGCAGAAUCUCCUUGACAAGGCUUUUGAGAGCUAUAAGCGAGCUGUGGAACUCAACCCAGAGCAAGCACAGGCUUGGAUGAAUAUGGGAGGCAUUGAGCACAUCAAGGGGAGCUAUGUCACUGCCCGUGGCUACUACGAGAAAGCUUUGCAGCUGGUCCCACACAGCAAGCUGCUGAAGGAGAAUCUGGCCAAGCUGGAUCGCUUGGAGAAACGAUUUCAGGAAGUCCAGGAGAAAGACCAAACGUAGCAUUCAGUCACCAGUGGGGAGGAACCCAUGUCUCUUGGAGAAGAGGAUGGUGGAAGCAUCACUUGCUCCGAGUGCUGCUGCAGGAGCUUUGAUAGGACGCGGUGGCAGAAGGCGGAUGUCAAAUGCAUGCUUAUGUUUGAGUGAAAUGACAGGAGAUACUCAGUGCCUGCAGGACGUGCUGGAGAAUGAACAAAGGCUUCUCUGUGUUUAGGCUGAACCCUUUUUAAUCACAUCAGGAGCAUGGGUGGGACAUGUACCUUCAACAUCUUGGUUAUCACUGGGAAAACCAUGGAGACAAAGCACUCAUCCAUUGCGGCAGGGCUGAAGUAGUACCUUCUGUUGGUCAGCACAAGCUCCCCUCAUCCACAUUAAGUACCACUGAUGGGCUUCGUUUGCAAGUGCUGACAGGGCCAUCUGGGCCAGGAAAUGGUCACAUAAAAAGGUGUCAGGGGGUUAACACCGAGGAAGUGGUGGCCACCUUUACAGCUCUAAAUGUGGCUUGGGAAUGAUUCUAAAGAAAGGGAAAAUGGUGUCUGAAUGUCACCCUUGAAAGAGAAGGUUCUGCAAGUAGAACAAAUGAUCCUUUGAAGGAAAACCUCACCUGUUUUCCUCACAAGGUAGUCAGUCUGUAGGAAUUCAGGUUGGUGGUGUCACUGUUGUCAUGUAUCACAUGGCUUUACCCUUUGCCCUUUUCCUGCAGGCCAAAUGUUCACUACUCUGAAGGAAAAAAGGCCUCCUAAGGCAAUGGGAUUGUCUCUCCUGUCCAGUCCCCCAUAAGCAACCAACCAACAGGAGGUAAAGUAGAGCCACAGGGAAGAUUCCUAGCCUGGAAAGGUACUAAGGAGGCAUUUUUCUGGGUGUGCAGGGUCAAAGCCCAUUUAUCAUGGUGAUGACACUGACAAAACACUUUGUCAAAGUGUUCUUAUGCCCUCCCCCAAGAGAUACAGAAAAUGAACUAUAGCUGAGCAGUCAUAAAUCUCUAUUUUUAAAUACUGAAGUGGGAAAACUCUUCAGAAUUGGAGCUUUUAUUUUUGAGCUUUAUUUAUUUAACUUAUAAUAAUCAAAUAAUUAAUAUAUUUUCUCUUUUAUACAAAUUGGGUGGUAGCCUUCCCAGCUGGCUGCGUGGCUGGGCUUUGUGACUUGUGUUAUCUGAAGUACCACCGAGGUGUGCUGGAAAGACUCCCCCUAAUGAUGUUUCUAAAGCAAAUGGCUUCAGUGCAGGCUGGAGCCUGCUGGCCACUGCUAAAACAGUGCUGCUGCUGCUGCUUUCACCAGGGUUUGCCCAGGUCACAGGCAGUGUCAGUGCCAUCAUGCUGGGUGCCACUGUGUUGACAUUCAGACAUCAGUGUAGGUCAUCAGUUUGUUCCUCUUGGCAGUGGGAAGCCACUGUGAGUGCUGUCGUGUUUGAGCUUCAUUGUGGACAGUCCCUGCCAAAGAGUGGCACAGGGUUUGCCAUCACGAGUAAAGGAACAGUUCAGAUGAGGUAAUGUGAUGCCAGGGACCCACCUGGCACUUGGAUUUAGUUGGUGCUGGCCAUGGCACCUCCAUGGGUGUGCUGGGACAGCCAUGCGCCACUGCCGCAGUCUGCAAAGCUGGUGUCUGGCUGCUGCUGAGGGUCAAGUCACUGACCAGUUACUGACAUGACUUAAGUUGCAUUUCGAGCUCAGAGGCAGUCCAGACCGAUGCAGAUGUCAGCACUGCCAGGGCUUGUGGACCUGCUAGAGCUGUGGCUGUGCAUCCAGCAAGAAGAGAACAGACUUGGGAGAUACUGCUUCCCGCUGGCCAGCGCCUACGCCUGUGCAGAGGCUGCAGGGAAAGAUCAUUGUGAGGAGAAGGGGGUGACACAGUUCUGAGCUCUCUCCCUUCAAACUGGCUUCCUAGGAGAGCAUCUAGGACCCAAAGAAGCAAGCCUUUUGCUGGUGAGUUUUCCAUUCUCCUCCCAGCCCAAGCAGCCUGCUGUGCUGUCCAGGGCUGAGACCCUGGGGCGGGGUCAGUAACCCUUUUCACAUGUCUGUUGUGCCCAUGGACUUGCCCGUGAUGUUUGUGCAGGUGUUGUGCUGAAUGCUCUGCACAAAGCAGUUUUACACAGGCUGGGCACUGCCAGGACAGCUGGGAAAGGAUGGAUCAUGCCAGCAGAGUCCCAUGGGAUGGGGGUAACAAAUGGCCUCUGAGAGCAGUCAGUUUCCCACCGUGGGCUGCGCAGUUGUAAGUGGCUCCUUACCAGGGCAUUCAGAAGGCCCUGCCAGCCGAGGUGAGCCUGCCUUUGGGGCAGCUUCACCAAAACCUCCUGUACCCAGGCUGGCAGGCUGCCUGCAGCACCACUGUGUGCUGGGCAAAUUUAGUGGCUGGCAGAGCAGCCUUUGGUGUGGCCCCUGACAGCGGUGCCAUGCGAAGGGCCCUGCAGAGGAGGCAGCUGCAGAGUGUGGCUGAAGCAUGGGGGUGGGGAAAAAACAUCUCAUUUAAAAAUAUAUCUCAGCUGUAAACUUUGCUUCAUAAAGAUAUGUUCAAUAAAUGCUAUAUAUUCUCCAAGCCCCACAGCUUGAAA